AUGAGCAAGCCACCUCCACCAUUUCCUCAACGUUUUCAAAAGCUGCAACAAGAUUGUCAAUUCCGAAGAUUUUUGGAUGUUUUGAAGCAACUCCAUAUCAACAUAUCGUUGGUGGACGCUUUGGAACAAAUGCCUAAUAAUGUGAAGUUCUUGAAGGAUAUUUUGACAAAGAAGAGGAGGCUUGGUGAAUUUGAAACGGUUGCUUUGACUGAAGGUUGUAGUGCUAUAUUGAAGAAUAAAAUUCCUCCAAAGUUGAAGGAUCCGGGCAGUUUCACAAUUCCAAUUUCUAUUGGGGGACGAGAAGUUGGUAAAGCUCGUUGUGAUUUGGGAGCUAGUAUUAAUUUGAUGACCAUGUCCAUUUUUAAGAAGUUGGGAAUUGGAGAAGUAAGGCCAACUACACUCACCUUGCAAUUGGUUGUCCACUCUAUGGUGCAUUUGGAGGGAAAGAUUGAAGACGUCCUAGUACAAGUUGACAAGUUCAUUUUUCCGGCGGAUUUCAUUAUUCUUGACAAUGAGGAAGAUAGGGAUGUACCGAUCAUUUUGGGGAGACCAUUUCUUGGCACCGGGAGGACGUUGAUAGAUGUUGAAAAAGGAGAGAUCACCAUUUGA